GGAACUGUUGCAAACUGCAAAAAAAAAAGGUCCAGGCUUUUUGGUGAGUUGUUCUUCCGGUUACAAAGGUCACCUCGUCCGAAAAGAGGCAAGCAUCCAAGAAAAUCGACGGAGACCAUCUAAAAACAUAUUAAAAUCAUGUCUCACACCAUCCUGCUGGUUCAGCCCACCAAGAGGCCAGAGGGAAGGACAUACGCCGAUUAUGAAUCUGUCAACGAGUGUAUGGAAGGUGUGUGUAAGAUGUACGAGGAGCAUUUAAAGAGGAUGAAUCCCAACAGUCCGUCGAUAACGUACGACAUCAGCCAGCUGUUUGACUUCAUCGAUGACCUGGCUGACCUCAGCUGCUUGGUGUAUCGCGCAGACACACAGACGUACCAGCCGUACAACAAGGACUGGAUUAAAGAGAAGAUCUACGUGCUGCUUCGCCGUCAGGCCCAGCAGGCAGCAAAGUGAAGCCUCCGAGGAGGUGGAGGUGGGGGGUGGAGGUGGAGGGGCAAUACCAGUUCUUUCUAUUCUGUAACUUGUGUUCAAACCAUAUUAUUAACCCGUUCUGAGAAGUUUUUAAAAAAGUUUUUGUUUUUUCUCAUGGAGGCGAGGUGUAUUUUGUAUUUUAAUGUUUGACUUAUUAAUAAAGAUUUCCUUAUAAAAGUU